AUGGAACAUGAUAUGGAGGAAGAUGAUAAAAAAAUGUUUAUAACUCUGUACAACUGUCCAUCAUGCUAUAGACAAUUUAUGGAAAAAACUUCGUUGAAAAUUCACUUUUCCUUGGCCCAUAACAGCCAAGAAACCGUACCCAAUAUGCCCAAUGAACAUUGUUGUGAAAAUUGUGGAAAAAUGUUUCAUCGCCGAUCCGGUUUGGCAGCCCAUGAACGUUGCUUUUUUAUGAAUGCUUCACAUUUGGCGGUACAUCGUCGACGACAUAAUCAGCGUUAUCAUCAGUGUCAUUUAUGUACGAAAAAUUACAUAAAUAAUGCUGAGCUACAGGUACAUUUGCAACGUAUACAUAACAAACUGCCGAGGAGGAAUGAAGGCGAGCAACAAAAAAUGACAAUUCCCAUGAAAUGUAAAUAUUGUCCAUAUACCACAAAUUCCAAAUUUGCCAUGGAGGUACAUCAAUACCGGCACACUGGGAAACAGUAUAAAUGUAAAAAAUGUUCGAAAAGUUAUGUCCUAAGAAGAGACAUAAAACUUCACUGCAAACAAUUGCAUGCUCUUGAUAUAACCGAUGAAGAAUUGACCUCGAUGUUGAAGGAUAAACAUGAUUAUGUCAGCCCUUUAGAUGUAUUCCCUAAGCGUAACAAUGACUUACAAAUUAAUCCUGUUAAUGACAUCGAUUUGGAAAGGGAAUUGAAGGAGUUCGACACAACAUUUGAAAAUAUUUGA